GCUUCACUGAAUCCGUUCCUCGUCCCGCACAGGUGAAAUCGCGUAUUCAGCGUAAUUUCGUCUCGGGACGUCACUUCCCAGGGAAGUCCUAAACUUUUCCAUCCGUGCAGCAGGCUGCACCGCGGGCAGGAGGAGGAGGAGGAGGAGGAGGCGCUUUUGGGAUCGCCUCGGCUCCUUGCCAAGGCGGUAGGGCGCAUUUUGAACCGCGGUGGCGCACGGGGACAACAGUUUAGUGUUUUUUUGUUGUUGUUUGGUUUAUUUUAGUUUUUUCACGACUGGAAACGGGCUUCGCUGAAGAGUUAAGCAGACAUUCCGAUCUACCGCGGGGAAGGAAACGCCAAAAAGCCACCGGACCGAUGCGUGGAAGCGAAUGCGCCCGUGCGCUUUGAGGAGCGAUGCGUUCGCAGGCGGCCGGAAACCUUCCUGCUUUCUAAAGUCAAAGGUAAAGAACGUGGAGCUUCUAGCGUGGACUCGCCGCCUCCGUCUUUCCUCUCAGGCCGGAGGUCCGGGGAGGAGAUGAGCGCUCGGGAUGGGACUGUGCCUCGGUACCGAAGUCACAGAGGAGCAGAAGAAGGCGAGGACACACAGUGCCGAGAUAGACCGAGACCUGUACGAGUGCGCCAAGCGGGAGAUGAAUGUGGUUAAAAUACUCCUGCUAGGUGCAGCUGAGAGCGGUAAAAGCACGUUGGUCAAACAGAUGAAGAUCAUUCACAGCCACGGCUUCACCAAGCAAGAGCUCUGCAGCUUCAAGCCUGCAGUGCUGGAUAACCUCCUAACCUCCAUGAAGUUUGUCCUCCAUGGCAUGGGCGUCCUUCGGAUCAACCUGGCCAACACCAGGAACAAGGUCCACGCCCAUUCCGUCCUGUCAUGCGGGCGCUGCUUCGACGAGGACACGGUGCUGUUUCCUUUCCUUGGUCACGCCCUGUCCUGUCUGUUGGCCGACCAGGGGGUGAGGGCGGCGGCGGCCCGGGGAUACGAGUACGAGCUCAAUGACUCGGCCCUGUAUUUCUUUCAGAAUCUGACCCGCAUCACGUCUCCAGAUUACGUGCCCACGGAGACGGACGUCCUGCGAGUACGGCUGAGGACGACCGGCGUGAUCGAGACGCAGUUCAAAGUCAACCGUCUCAUUUUCAGGAUGUACGACGUUGGAGGCCAGAGAACCGAGCGGAGGAAGUGGAUUGGUUGUUUCGAGGAUGUCCGGGCCGUCCUGUUUGUGGUGGCGCUCAGCGGUUACGACAUGACCCUGGUGGAGGACCCCUCCGUGAAUCGUCUUCAGGAAAGCAUGAAGCUGUUCUCCUCCAUCUGCAACAACAUUUACUUCCACAGCACCUCCGUGAUUUUAUUCAUGAACAAGAUCGACCUUUUUCAAGACAAGAUUUUACACUCUGGGCGACAUCUGCGUUUGUACCUGCCACAGUUCAAAGGUGCAGACUGCGACGUGGACUCGUCCGCCCGCUUCAUCGCCGCCACCUUCCUCUCGCUCAACGCCGCUCCCAGCAAACUCGUCUACCACCACUUCACCACGGCCACGGACACCUCCAAUGUCGAGGUCGUCUUCGAGGUGGUUAUGGACACCAUAGUCAAAGAGAACCUGGAGGCCGUGUCUCUCCUGUAACUGCCGGCGGAGGUCCGUCGCUCCAUUGGGCCGUUCGGCACCGGAUGGCUCGUUAUAAACGACAUGAAGAUCACGAGCUCCAGACACUUGUUUUCUCUGUGCAGGUGCAGCUUGGAGCUCUGACACUCUUCUCCUGUGAUGCUUGAUUCUCGGGGGUUGAACCCUAAAAACAAUGACUUUUGAAACCUUGUGUUGAGGCAUUUUGUAUUUUCUACAAAAUCAGACUAUGAAUGGUGAAGUUACGCCUGGAGGUCUCGUUACAUGCCGUUUAUUUGUGUGUUUGUGGGCGGGCAGGACAGAGAGGGGGUGAUGAUUUAGUGUUUGUCCGUUGUGUCCUCACUGCAGAGGCGUGAUCACUUUCAAAGCCCCCCCAGUUUGUGUUUAACAUCUCCUCUCGCACCCGGUUCAUUGUAAUCUGUACCUCCACUCACUGGUUUUUAAUAUAAGAAAUAGGUAAAGAAACCUCCUUGAAGCUGUGAUGUUUCAUCGUGUGACACACACACACUCUGGAUCCCUGCCGGGCGAUGCUUCCUACGUGUUUGUAUUGUGUGGGACUUUGCCAGAGUCUGACUGAUGUGAUAGUUAUUUGCUCUGGGGAGCCUUCAAACCAGCUUUGUGACUCCAGUAAUAAACAGGAUCUGGUUAUGACUGAUAUGCUCCGCUAUAAAUACUGAAGAUGAAAGAAAAUCACCCCAGGUGCCUUUAUGAUGAAGUGGUUUUGCGUUGUGUAAUUUGAAGACUUCAUAUGUGUAUGAACUUAACAAAUAUUCCUUCUCUUCUUUUCUCCACUUUCAGAAUAAUUGUCUUAACUCUUUAAGUCUGACCGUCACACUUAUAUGGUGUUUGUCUGUACUUUGCUUUGUACUGAAACUGCAGGUUUAAAAAAAACAAACCUGUACCAAUUCAACUCAGUGGUGGAUCACUUAUUUUUAAGACAAAUUGAAUCCACGCAAAAAGGUUUACUAGUGUUUGUUCUUUUUAAUAGAUAAAAUAAAUAAAAGUACUUUACAGGAAA